AAUCUGACUGGGUUUUUUGCGCUCACUCAGUCAGGAGGACUUUAUAAACCACUUGGGAGGAGGAUACACUACCUUACUUUUAUCCUACCUGGUUAAAGGAGUUUUAUUUGUUCUUCGUAUUGUAGUUGGAUUAGUAUUGUCGCCUUGGGACAACAUGGAAAGCAACAGGCAAAUGAAAUUUCGCAUGCUUGUAUUGGUUCUGGUUUCAUUUUUCAUGAAGGAUUGCGCCUCAGACACCAUUCCAAAAGCACAGAGCGUAGCCUGGUCCUCCACCAAUUUUAAAUCUAUGUUAACAUGGAGUCCAAAACCAACGAAUUAUUCCUACACUGUUGAAUUUUCAGAAUUGGGCAAGGACAGACAACGGACACCGCACUGUAUCAGGACGAUGGAAACUGAAUGCGACCUGACUGCAGAGCUAGAAAACCUGAAGACUUAUUACAGCGCAGACAUCCUGUCUGAACCCAUGCGGGGCGUCUCCUCGGAUCUGGUUGAAUUCCCUCAUGUCAGCUCUGAGAAAUUCUCCCCUUAUCAUGACACUCUCAUUGGCAGACCAGAGUUUACAAUAGAAGUAAGCGAUGACAAAAGGAAGAUGACGCUGGAUGUAAAAGAUGUCUCCACGGCUCUCUUUAAUGAUCGUAAAGAGAGACUGAAUAUUCGGGAUGUUUUUGGGGACGACCUGCUUUAUAAGGUUACCUACAGGAAAGCAAAGAGCACUGGAAAGAAAGAGAAGACCAGUAAAAGCAACAUCAUUGAGCUGACGGAUCUGGACCAAGGAGUGAGUUACUGUUUCACCGUUCAGGUGUACCUACCCUUCCGCGCUCAAGACAAACAACACGGGGAGCUCAGCAACAUCCAGUGCUCUCCAGAAGGAGAACGAUCUAUCUUUGAAGAGUACGGCAUGGGUGUCAUCGUUGGAGCCAUUCUUAUCAUCAUUUUGGCAAUAACAGCUAUCAUUAUUGUCAUCGCGAUGUGCUGCAGACGAAGAAAGCAAGCGAAAAACACAGGAAAAGAGGGAUUACCAUUGAACGGUGUGUGAGGAGUUUGGGUACGUCUAAAUUGGACUCUCCCUUAUGAAGGGAGGAUGGCAUCCGGUUCCUCUAUAAAACAGUGUUUCUGUGAAACCUCAAAAUGUAGAUAUGUUAGACAUAUAUUUUAGCAAGACAAGACCUUUAUACUGUCAGGUGGUGGGUUCUUUAGUCUGGCACUGAAGUGUACUGUAUAGACGUUUUUAUAAACACUACCUAAUUUCACCUACUUGCUAACAAAUGGAAAUACUGUAUGAUUUAAGAUAGGGGUUUUUGUACACACUUGGGAGAAUCAAAAUCUGAUCUUAUUUUAUUAAAUGAAAAAAGUAAUUUAUUUUUUAGCUUAAUACUGUAAACUGUAUUCGUUUUUUGCAUAUGUGUUGUAACAGUGAAACGCUCUUCUAAUUUAAUUUUAACAUUGCAACUGUACAUGGUUAACCAUUAAUCAAAAAAAAAAAAAAAAAAAGUUAAAUCUGGUGUUUUGUUACCAUUUUGGUACACAAAAUGUAUCAUUAUACUACAGACCUGUGAAUUCAGUGGGAUUGGUACUGAUGUGGAUUUUAAACACACAAAUAAAAAAAUAAAUAUACAAUAAUGCA